AGCAGAGUUCGCCUGCGCUGCCAGUGCUGGACGUGGCCAUGUAUAAAGGGAAAGCGCAUCGUGGAUGCGGUUUAUUAGUUACGUACAUAGAUUGUUGCAGUGCCUUGUUGUACGGCUCACAAGCACAUUCUCUGGCCUGGCCAUCCAUUCUCUUCUAUACACCGGGCAUUAUUUCCGCUCCUAACCCGGCCUUCUGGUCUUAUCCCCGGCUUUGCACAUACGGAUACAGAUACAGAUACACACCGCACAUCCAUACACACACACACCAUGCAGAGACCAGACUCAGAUACCCAGGGCCCGUCUGGCACGCUGCUUGUGUUUGGGCCGCAGAGUCUCACUUUUGACAAGCGGGCUCUAGCACGGGUCCGCGACGAUAUCAAUGCGAGCAGUCAUCGGGUCUGGAUCCAGGAUACCCUUGCUGGACUGGCGACAUUCUGGAACGAACUGUGCAAUGCCCUGCCAGAGGUUGCUGGGCUCCUCCCGGCUGCCGAGCAACACCUUCACAGCUUCUCGAGGGUUCUCGAACACGGCCUCGAGGAAUCCAUCUCGACACCGUCCCUCCCGAAUAUCAUCCUCACGCCCCUCGUCGUCCUCACCCAGUUGAUAGAAUACGAGCGCUACCUCGCCACACGCCCACAACCCAAUGAUACCCCAAGCGCAAUCGGCUUCUGCACCGGGUUGCUGGCUGCAUACGCCGUCGCAAGCUCAAAUACCCCAAUCGAACGAUCGCGCUACGGCGCCGUCGCCAUCCGCCUGGCAACCCUAAUCGGCGCCCUCGUCGACGCCGAGGAAUCCCGCCAGGCAAAUUCCGGAAACACCCGCUCAAUCUCCCACACCGUCGGGUGGAGCACAGAAGAACAAGAAGCGACGGUGCACGAGAUCCUAAGCCGUCGGCAUCCCGAUGUCUACAUGUCGGUCCGGUAUGACCGGGCCCGGUGCACGCUGACGAGUUCCGGGAGUGCUGCAGCCGAGGUUACACGCGAGCUGCGCGAGGCAGGGAUGUCGGUUACAGAGGUGCGGCUGCAGGGGAGGUUCCACGACCCUGGUGAGGCGAGACAGGGGGAUGUAGAGGGGUUGGUUGGGCUUUGUGCGCGGGUUCCCGAGUUGCAGUUUGCCGGCUCACCAACAAUCAACCUCCCUGGGCUCACAGAGGGCGAGAGUCUGCACGAGCGCGCGAUCCGCGGGAUGCUCGUGCAGUUCUGCGACUGGUACGGCACACUCUCGAGCCUGCCCUCACCACCGAAAACCGUCGUCUGCUUCGGUUCCGAAAAAUGCAUCCCCCCAACCCUGACCGCCACCCUGAACCCGCUCUACAUGCACAGCACGAAACGCCCUGAACCCCAAGGCUUCCCCGGCGUCGACCCCGCAAACCUCAUCGCGGUCGUCGGCAUGGCCGUGAAAACCGCCGGCGCCGACGACGUCGACGAGUUCGCGCAGAUGCUCCGCACAGGACGGGCGCAGCACCAGCCCAUCAAGACGGAAGACAUCGACUUUGACACUCCCUGGCGCGACAACAGCCGGCAGUGGUACUGCAAUUUCGUCCGGGAUCGGUACGAGUUUGACCAUGCGUUCUUCAAAAUGAGUCCGCGCGAGGCGGCCGCGAUGGACCCGCAGCAUAGACUGUUCCUCAUGGCUGCGUACCAGGCUGUUGAGCAAUCCGGGUACUGGACUGGCAACCGCAAGCCAGAACUCGAUUUCGCGACGUACGUGGGGAUAAGUACGGCCGACUACGAGCAGCACGUCGCAUGCCACGACCCCAACGCAUACACGGCCACAGGCAACCUCCGCGCGUUCCUCGCCGGCCGAAUCGCUCACCAGUUCGGGUGGACGGGGCCCGCCAUGACGGUCGACACGGCGUGUUCCUCCUCCGCGGUGGCCGUCCACCUCGCCUGCCGCAGUCUGCUCUCCGGCGAAUGCAGCGCGGCCCUUGCCGGCGGCGUCGCGACAAUGACCAGUCCGUUCUGGUUCCAGAACCUCGGCGCCGCGAGCUUCAUUAGUCCCACGGGGCAAUGCAAGCCGUUUGACGAGGCGGGCGAUGGAUAUUGUCGGGCCGAGGGCGUUGGAUGUGUAGUGUUGAAGAGGAUGAGCGAUGCGCUGGAGAAUGGGGACCAGAUUCUCGGAUGCAUUGCUGCGACGGCUGUGCAGCAGAACCAGAACUGCACGCCGAUGGUGGUGCCGAAUCGGCCGUCGCUGUCGGAUCUGUUCAGGCAGGUUGUGAGGAAGUCGGGGCUGUCUCCGGGGGAUAUCUCGCUUGUUGAGGCGCACGGGACAGGGACUGCAGUCGGGGAUCCGGCAGAGUAUGAGAGUAUUCGCUCGGCACUGGAUGUUUCCUCGAGGACGACGCCCCUCACGCUGGGCUCUGUCAAGGGUCACAUCGGACACACCGAGGCCGCAGCAGGAAUCGUCUCGCUAGUCAAGGUGCUCACAAUGAUGAACGAGGGCUUCAUCCCGCCGCAGGCGAGCCACAACCGUCUGAGUCCCCGGAUCCAGCCCGCGUCGGACAAGAUGCAGAUAUCCUCGUCGCUGCGUGCGUGGGAUGCACCGCGCAAGGCUGCCUUGGUGAAUAGCUACGGCGCCUCCGGGUCGAAUACGUCGACCGUUCUCAUCCAGGCGCCCAAGACAUCCCCGGUGCCAGGUGCCAUUGCAGCACCGGUUGAAGAUGGCUCCGCCGUCCCCUUCUGGCUUUCCGGUCGUGAUGACCGCGAUAUCACUGCGUAUGCUGCACGUCUGCUCGAGUAUAUCCGCUCUCACCCCACAGUCCGCCUGUCCGACCUCGCCUUCAACCUGAGCAGACAAUGCAGCCGCACCCUCGACAAGCAAGCCGUCUUUAGCGCGCGGUCACUCGCCGAACUGCAGUCAGUCCUCGCGUCCGAGCAGCCCAUCACCGUGACCACCGUCCCCGCACAACGCCCCGUGAUCCUCUGCUUCGGCGGGCAAGUAUCAACAUUCAUCGGCCUCAACCGCGCAGUCUACGAAACGGUCGACCUCCUCCGGCGGCACCUCGACGAGUGCGAUCGCGUCAUGACAGAAAUGGGUCUGGACAGCAUAUACCCAGACAUUUUCGCCUCGACGCCGAUAACCGACACCGUCAAGCUCCAGUGCAUGCUCUUUGCAAUGCAGUACAGCUGCGCGCGCGCGUGGAUCGAGAGCGGGCUGCAGGGGAAGAUCGUCGCUGUGGUCGGACACAGUUUCGGCGAACUCACCUCGCUGUGCGUCUCGGGGAUCCUUUCCAUCACGGAUACAGUCAAGCUCGUGUCGGGCCGCGCACGGCUUAUCCGCGAUAACUGGGGAGCCGACAAGGGCGCGAUGAUGGCCGUCGAGGGCGACGAGAGCGUCAUCCAGGAGCUCCUCGCGUCUGCGGCUGCGCAGGCUCCGUCGGACCCGCAUCCGGCGAGUAUCGCGUGCUACAAUGGGCCGCGGAGCUUCACGCUCGCCGGGUCCACGGCUGCGAUUGCGGGUGUCAAGGAGGUCAUCGCGGCGCAGUACCCGACGAUGCGACACAAGGUCCUCAACGUGACCAACUCAUUCCACUGCAGUCUCGCCGAUGGGAUCGUUGAGCCGCUGAGCGCGCUUGGCGAGGAGUUGGUCUUCAACCCGCCCACCAUCCACAUCGAGCAUGCGCGCCCUGUGCCCUCGACGGGGGCACCCCUCCCCUCGACCUUUGUCGCCGACCACCUCCGCAAGCCGGUCUACUUCAACCACGCCGUGCAGCGUCUCGCGCAGUCGUACCCGGAUAGUAUCUGGCUGGAGGCCGGAUCCAACUCGACGAUUACGGCCAUGGUUGGACGCGCGAUCCGGACACCGGGGAGCACAGCGCACCACUUCCAGGCGCUGAAUAUCACGCACGGUGGAAGGGGCGUUGAUGGGCUGACCGAGGCGACGACGGCGCUCUGGAAGGAGGGGUUGCGUGUCGGAUACUGGAAGCAUCAUGCUGUGCAGAUGGGCCAGUAUACGCAUCUCAUCCUCCCGCCGCGCCAGUUUGCGCGGACUCGGCAUGUUCAGGAGAUUCGUGCGCCGAAGAAUGCCCCAUCUGCCGGCUCAGCCUCGACAGCACCAGCAGAAGAAGGGCUGUGGACAUUCGUCGGCUACGAAGACGGGCAGAAGCGACUCCGUCCACGGUUCAAGAUCAACUCCUCGUCACCAAAAUACCUCGCCCAGGUCGAGGGCCACGUCAUGGCGCGGACGGCCGCAAUCUGCCCCGCGGGAUUGGAAGUUGAUAUGGCGAUCGAAGCGCUGUAUAGUCUGCACCCGGAGUGGACGGAGAAGAAGAUGCAGCCGAUGCUCGUUGACAUGGUCAACUCGGCUCCCGUGUGUCUCGAUCCGUCACGGACGUUCUGGUUGCAGCUUGAGGCUGCGGACGAGACGAAGCGGAUCUGGGAGUGGAAUAUCUCGAGCACGCGGGCUGGUACCUCGAGUACCCUCCUACACGUCAAAGGAGGCCUGCACAUCCGCUCCCCCGAAGACGCAAGCUACCGCGCCGAAUUCGCACGACUCGAACGCACAGUGCCCUACCGGCAGUGCACCUCCCUCCUCGACCUCGCAUCCUCGACACCGACGAGCAGCAAAGAAGAGGAGAUCCACCUUCUGCAGGGAAGAAACGUCUACCAGGGCUUCAGCGACGUGAUCCAGUACACAGACCUGUACCGGAGUCUCUGGCGCCUCGUCGGAAAAGGCAACGAGAGCGCAGGCUGCGUCCUCCGCAAACGCUCCCAUGAGACCUGGCUCGAUGUCCCACUGAGCGAAUGCUUCAUGCAGACCGGCGGCAUCUGGGUGAGUUGCAUGACGGAUCGGAGCCCCGACGAUGUGUUUAUUGCCACGGGGUGUGAGCUGUGGAUGCGCUCGCCGAAGCUUGCGGCUGCGAGGGAGAAUAAGGAGGAGGGCCCCGAGGUCUGGCAUGUGCUUGCGCGGCAUCAAAAGGUCUCGGACAAGGUGUAUCUGACUGAUGUGUUUGUCUUUGAUUCGGUUACUGGGCAGCUGACCGAGGUGAUUAUGGGGACCAAAUUCAGUCGGACUCCCAAGACGGUUAUGCGCAAGAUUCUCACCAAGUAUGCCCCCGGCGCCUCUCACGGUGCGUCUGAGCCAGAGGGCAUCAGGAAGAGGGUGGACAGCGCACCGAGAGAACUCCCUGUCGCCUCCACCCCCAGCAAGCCCGCGCAGGUCGACAUCUCCGAGCAGGUAAGGCAGCUCCUCUCCAGCGUCUCCGGCAUCGAGCCCGUCAAGAUCAACCACGACGCCGACCUGGCAGAUCUCGGCGUCGACUCGCUCAUGGCCAUGGAGCUCGCCCGCGAAAUCGAAGGCGUCUUCAAGUUCUCCCCGGACCACACUGAACUCCUCGAAGCGACCACCGUGCAGCAGCUGACAACCUACAUCUCCACCUCGAUGCCCGGAUCCCCUGCGUCCCCCGCAUCCCUCGAUACCUCCUCGUCCAGCAGUAUCGCCGGCGAGUCGACAACGGGCGAGUCGACAGACUCGGCACCCUCUACCACAACCGAUGUAUGCACCACCGAUGACUUCCACGAGCCCUUUAUCAUGCCUGCGCGCGACGAUGCUGACGUCCUUUCUCUCCCAGAGGGCGAACACGAGUUUCUGAAGCCCCUCCCGCAGAAACAGCCCCCGAGCCUCCCGCACCAACCUGUGAAUAAGGAUGCAGGGCGUGAGGCGAUUGCCGAGGAGUAUGUUGCGAGGUAUUCGGCGGGCUUUGCGCCUCCAACACCAGCAGUCGCGCAGCGUGGCGCCUCACCGAGCCACGACGACGGCGCGGUGGUCAUCAUCACCGGCGCCACUGGAAGUCUCGGCGCACACCUCGUCGCCAGCUUCGCGCGCAACCCCACCGUCCGCAUAGUCGUCUGCCUGAACCGCCGAAGCAACACCCCCGGGACAAUCCGGCAGCGCGACGCCCUGUCCUCACGAAUGAUCACGCUGAGCGAAUCCGAAGCGGCCAAACUGCGCAUGAUGGACGGCGCAACCAGCGAGCCCAAUCUCGGCCUCUCCUCCGAGGAAUAUGCCUUCCUCGCGCAGAACGCCACGCACAUCGUGCACAACGCCUGGCCCAUGUCCCUGCAACGCCCCAUCCACACCUUCGCCUCGCAGUUCCAGGCCAUGCGCAACCUGCUCGAUCUCGCGCGCGAAAUGGCCUCCUCCUCAACGAGAACAACCUCGACACGGAGAAUCGGCUUCCAGCUCGUCUCCUCCAUCUCCGUCGUCGGCUCCGCAGACACCACGCGCGUCCCCGAGAGCCGCGUCCCGCUCCGCUACACUCUGCCUCUGGGCUACCCAGAAGCAAAAUGGGUGUGCGAGCGCAUGCUCGACGAGACGCUGCACCGAUACCCAAACCACUUCCGACCGAUGGUCGUGCGGCCGGGCCAGAUCACGGGCUCCCACGAGGGCGGCAUCUGGCCGCAUACGGAGCACAUGCCGAUGCUGAUCAAGACGGCGCAGGCGCUGGGCGCGUGGCCGGAUCUCGACGGGCCGCUGCAUUGGAUUCCAGUUGACACGGUUGCCGAUACGAUGGUUGACCUGCUUCUUCCGAGCGAGGAGCACUUUGAUGGCGAGGGCGGCGGGGGAGAGCCCGAUGCGUACCCCGUCUACCACAUCGAUAACCCGCUCGGCCAGCCCUGGAAAGAGAUGAACCUCACCAUCACGAGAAUCCUCGGGAUCCCGUCGGACCGGAUAAUCCCCUACAGCGACUUCCUGCACUUGUUGCAGACGUCGAAGCUCGAUCGGGAUCGCGAGAUCCCUGCCGCGAAGAUCAUGGAGUUCUUCACGCGCGCGUUCUUGCACAUGGCGUGUGGUGGGCUGGUCCUUGAUACGAGUCGCUCGGAGGAGCACUCGGUCUCGUUGGCGGGGCAGGGGGUUGUCGGGGAGGAGUUGGUCAGGUUGUAUAUAGAACGGUGGAGGGAGAUGGGGGUGUUGAAGGGUUGA